AAAAUAACCAGCAAUAAUCACAGCUACAAAUACACAAACAUACUAUAGAAAAUGUUUUCAAACAAAUGGGGUUGAAAAUACUAGAUUAAUGAUUGUAUAACAAGUGAUUUACAAAUUGCACUUUUACCAUUAUCAUUGACCCCAGUUCUGUUUGAAUCUGCAGUACACUCUCUCUGCAGUACACUCUCUCUGCAGUACACUCCCUCAGCAGUACACUCCUGCCCUAGUGCACACUCAGCACUUUGUCCCGUCUAGUCUGAAGUCCUGCUGGAGCUGGGACAGACUCACAGAGCAUCGCUGGUUACUGUGAUCUCCGUACACAGGGCAGUGACGUGUCCAGGUCACACCCAAACCACACAGCUUCACACCGCCCUGAGAAACUGAAGAACUGCGCUGGAGCUUUUAUAAGACUGUAUUCCAGGGGUAAACCAAAAACCCACUGCCGGGCUAAUAUGGGGUUUGCUGCCGCUGGUUAGAUGAGUAACAAUAAUUUAAAAAAGACAGAGAAAAUUAAACAGAUCAGCUCAUUGUCGGUUUGAAGGAGAGGCUUUACUGAAUCAACAGUUUUUUUGGGACAGAGCUGGUGAAGUUACUUUAAAAAAGAAAUCUGUUAUGGUUACUUAAACAAAAUUGUAACUGGUCACAGUAGCUUAUUACUUUGAAACAAACUAGUUCCAGUUACAAUUGCAAGUACUUACUUCUCAGCGCUCUGUAUAUUUAACGGAAAACAGCUUGAAGACAAUGUUUUAAAGUGGCCACUUUUAUUUCUGAUCAUACAUCUAUGAUGUAUUGAUUAUUCUCUACUUUCCCUCUUCCUUGCUGUGCAGAACCUCUAAAGGAGCGUGGGCCCUUUAAGACUGAGCCCCUGAGUCAUGGCAAAUUGGGCGUUAAUAAUAGCUAAGCAGUCAGGGCAGUCUCCUGUCAAGAACUCUCAAUCCCUGAAUCAAUAACAUGUUGCACAAUGUCCUUGUUAGAGUCGAGGUGUGAUUGCAGCCUCGCAGGGCAUGUGACCUGACUUUGGUCCUGCUGACCCACAUUCCUGGAACUCUGUGACAUCACAAUGGUUCACUGCCGUUUUCCUGGAGAUACCUCCUAAUGGGUCUUCACUGCCUGGCAGGGGUUAGUUAUAUAACCAAAGCGUUACAUAAAAUAAACAUGUUUAAAUUCCCACCUAAUUUGCACAUCAAACAUUUCCCUCGAGUUUCCCUUUGCUGGAGGUCGUUUAGUUUCUUCAGACUUUGUAUUCAGGCUGUGUAUCAGAUUCAUCCACCCUCAGCGCUUGUUCAGCAGAGUCAGAAUAUUCAGCUCAGAGAUGCUUUGGAAAAGCUCAGAGGCAGAAUGGCAGUUUCUGCUAAGGACGGGCGGGAGGAACAAGCGGCUCGGUUGGGAGGGAAGGGCCGAGUAAUCAGGGAACCACUGAAGGACUCUUCGGGGCUUCUGACAUCGUCCGCCACGGAAAAAAAGACAAAAAAGAAGAAAAAGAGGGAAAAAACUAAAGAGAAAAAGAAAAAGCAGCGCGGCUCCUGUAAGAAGCGAGUCCACUCCAGCACGCCUCCGACUCCAGAAGACGCAGAUAAACAGCAUAAGGACCCAGGUGUCAAGCUCUUCCCCACCCACCUCACGCCGUCAUCGGAGUCGCUGGACGGAAAGCUGGCCAAGGUCAAGCUUCAAGGCAGGACCCCUGCAGAGGCAGCCCCAACCAAGAACAAGCCCAGGAAGCUCAAGGAGUCCAAUCCAGACCCUGCGUCGCCAGAUAACGAGGCGGACCUUAACAACAAGAUGAACGAGAGCCUGAGGUGGGAAGGCACAUUGGAGGACCCCAGCGCUGAGGAAAUCAGGAUCCAAAUCUACAAAAUGAACAGGAGGAGGCGAUACAUGACUGCUCUCCAGGGCCUGUACGGGGAGCUGGGGCCGGCAGGCACCUCUCAGGAGGACCACCAAUCGAGUCACUCUGGGAGAGGGUGCCCUGCUUCUACCAAGGACCCGCGACCUCGACUCCAAUCGGAGCUCUCUCGUCAUGACAAAAUCCUCUCGGGGGAAAGAGAUCAAUCGCUUUAUACAGGAUGGAGCACAAGACUAUAACAGAAAAUAACAGCAGUCCGUUCAAUGGCAUGUACUGAGAACUGUUUUGAUGUAGACAGGUGUCAAUGCGCCAGUGCUUGAGGACAGAGGAUGUCUGGAGUGAGUUUAGCACAUUCAUUCAACCUUCCUUCAGGCCAUAGUGUCUUUGGACUGUUCAUUUACACAACAGAUUUCAGAUCUCCCCAUUGAACGUAGUGUAUAAACGAUGAGCUUUCCACCCAGUGCCUCGCUGUGUUUACAUACCAGGAUAUUCUGUCAGUGUGCCUGGCCAUACCUUUUUGGAAGCUGUUGCCCAAAAAAGUUUAUUAUGCAACCAACAUUUUCUCAAGCUAUGCAAAGCCACGAUGAUCUUGGUUCAACACUUGUGUGUUUGGGGUAAUAAUAUUUAUUUUAAAGGUGAAGCUCAGGUUUGUAACAGUAGGAAGGGCCCUUAGAAUAAAUACAUUUCCCUUGUAAUAUGAAACAGCUUGUCUUUCACGUUAAAUUUUAUCAGGAAUUAUUCAGAAUCUGCCCCACGUUUAACCCUGGAAAUACUGUUUCAAAAGCCCUGCAAUUAAAGCAGUAGUUUUCAAACUGUCCACCAGAGGGCUUUCAAACAUCACAAUUCUCUGACAAUAGGGCUAUAUUUGUAUUUUGUGUUUUAUAUGCAAUUUUGUUUAA